CCAUCAAUCAACCAAACAUCAAACAAGAAACAAGGAAAAAUAACAAAAAUUCAAUUUUUGUGCUAAAACAAAACUUUCAAAAACAAUUUCAAGCCGCAAAUAUGUCUGAUUUACCUGAAUCAACGCCAAUUCCGAAUGAGGUAGAAGUUGAAGAAGCCGACAAACCAAAUGAAAAGCCGGGCUCUUCUAAGAAAAAAACAAGAACUUCACCAGAUCGAAAGGUUGUUAGCCUGUACAAUCGUAAAUUGAUAAUGAACCAUUUAAAAGACAAUGGAAGUGAUCCCAAAAGUUGUGCUAAUGCAAUUAAGCACACGAAAAUCUCUUCCGAAGAAGCCGCAAAAUUUGUAAAUGAAAAAACUAAAGCCGCUCAGGACCAUGUCCAUGAGGAAUGCAACUCGGUGUGUUACAAAAAUAUCAACAGCUGGCUUGAGUAUUACAAAUCAAAGAACUUUAAUCAUGAAGCAAAGUAUGAGAGUGCGCUCAUUAUGCUUGCAAUUGCGGAUAUGGCACAUCAUCCUAAUCCAAAGGAUAAUGGAGGAGUCGACUUCCAAAAAAUAUACCGAUUCCUUGGUGAUGUGAUGUUGGGCAAUCCAACUCCUGAAUUGAACACAGAAUCAAAAGAAUACCUUGGUCAGGAGUUCGAAAGCCUAAUAAACAUGGCAAAUACCAGACAAGGUGAUGCAGACACCAAGAAACUUCAUGAAAUUAUUGAGAAGAAAACUGGUCAAAUCAUUCCACAACCGACUCCUGCUGAAAAGAAAAAACGCAGAGAAUUCGGAAGUCUUGAUCCAAUGGGUCUGGAUAAUUUUAUAAGUGCUACCGAAGCUGAUAAGAAUUAGGAUCGUUCUCCAUGUAUUUGAAAUACAACAACAAAAAAACAUUUUUUUUAUUUUAAGUUAAUUGCACAGCACACAAACACAUACAUACAUUACCCAAAUACAAUAAUUAUUUAAUAUCAAAAUUUAUUGAAGGAAAAU